UCUUAUAAGUGAUUUUCUUCAAAGUUAUCAUUAUUGUUUAAUAUGAAUAUUCAGGAUAUAACAGAACCAAAAGAAGUGGAAAAAGUGUUCGUAUCUCAUUUGAAGGAGAAUAAAAUCUUCCAGGAACAACAACUAUGGACUAUUAAUUAUUCAUCGCUGGGCGGUCGUGGUAUAUUCGCCACUCGAGACAUUAAACAAAACGAAUUGAUCUUCAUCGAUGCACCUUUGAUAAUCGGGCCAAAGUGCUUAAAUAAACAAACAAAAAUGUGCAUAUGUUGUUACAAGAAUGAAUGUCCGCUGUUUCCAUGUGAUAAAGGUUGCGGUUUACCAGUUUGUUCUACUCAAUGUGAGAAUUCGCCGAACCAUGAGAAGGAAUGUGAAUAUCUAAGAUCAUUGAUACCGAUUUGCGGUACCGAUUGGUGCUUGAAUUUACUGUUAGCUAUGAUACCAAUUCGUGGUCUUUUUAUGACGAAAAUGCAGCGUAAAUGUUUGGCCACUCUUCAAUAUAAUAAAAAUUUAUUUUCAAAAUAUGAGAUUGAAUUGCUCAAGAAAAAUGUGGUGAAUUCUCCAAGCGACGAAGAUAUAGAAAUGAUGGAACGCAUAUGCAGAGCUUUUAACACAAAUUCAUUUGAAACGAUUCGUGUUCAUGACAAAGACCAUUUUACAAAUUUACGAGGUCUUUAUUCUCUGGGUUCAUUGCAAAACCAUUGCUGUAUACCGAAUACAAGACAUUAUUUCGAUGAAGAAUUUCGAUUAUAUGUUAGGGCUGCUCUUCCAAUUUCUGCUGGAGAGGAGAUCACUAUGUCCUACACAAGUUUAUUUUGGGAUACAACAUUGCGGCGGCAAUUUCUGAACGUGACUAAAAAUUUUUCUUGCAUAUGUAAAAGAUGUAGUGAUUCUACGGAAUUUAAUUCCAAAUUAGGUGCACUUUUGUGUGCAUCUGAUAAAUGUUCUGGAGAAUUAUUACCAAAAAAUCCUCUUAAUAUGAGAACAUCUUGGAUUUGUAAUAAAUGUACCAUAACAAUAAAUCAUAGACAGAUAUGUUCGAUUCGAUCAGGUCUAGCUGCUAUUAUAAAGGAAAUUAUAUAUAAAACACCACGCGAGAUCUUUAAGUUUUUACAAAAAGAUCUUUCAAUUAUAGUUCCUCAGAGUAAUUAUCUUAUCAUGGAUGUGAAAUUUCGAAUCAUUUCAUAUUAUGGCAGAAGUAACGAUCUUCAAUGGAAAGGUACGAAUAAUAUACGAAUGUAUUUUAUUCAAAAUUUAUUAAUUUAUACACUGUACGAUACUUUUUUAAACAUUAUAUUAGAUUUAAGUGACACUGAGUUGAAUAUCAAGGCAAAUUACUGCAAUGAUUUACUUUCUGUAUUAGAUACUUUAAACAGUGGUGAUUCUACAAAAAAGGGUCUUAUUUUAUAUGAAUUAUAUUGCACAAAUCUUGAAAAAAUGAAACGAUUCGAACAAUCAGAUAUUCAAAAGAUUGAUGAAAAUCAACAUUUAUUAAAAGAAGUAAUUAAUAUAUUGCAAAAUGAUGCUAUUUUAGCUGUUAGAUUCGAAUACGAUCAAAAAUAUUUUAAAAAAUAAAUUAUCGUGUGCAAAAAAAUAAAGAAAAUAUUAUCGAUAAUAUAAAAUUUAGUUA